AGAGGAAGCAGAGAAAAUCAAUCAAUAUGUUGCAAUUGUUACCUCUACUAUAGACCAGCUGAAGACACAAGUCCAAGCUAAUCGAUCUAUGCAUGUAAAAGAAAAAAAUAGAAUCCAAUGCUAUACAUCUAAAAGCAUGUACUGCUUACCUUCAGUCACUUGCAGAUACCAUGCAGGUACCAAAUGCGAUUGAGAAGGAUGGUAAUAAGGACAUGUUUACAUUGAGAAUAGAAAGUGCUCACUGUAAAUUAAGUGAUUCUGAUCAUAUGUUGGGAGACAAGGAAAAUGUAAAUUGUCAAGAAGAAGGUUCUAGUGCAUCCUCAACAAUUAUUUAUGCAAGCAGCUCUGGGUGCAAGAGUAUUGUUUGAGCAAUUAAGCUUCCAUUUGUGGAAAAGAUACCGCCUUAUACUACAUGGAUCUUUCUUGACAGGAACCAAAGGAUGGCAGAUGAUCAGUCAGUUGUUGGAAGGAGGCAUAUUUACUAUGACAAAUGUGGAAAUGAAGCAUUGGUUUGUAGUGAUAGUGAGGAGGAGGUUGCUGAAGAGGAAGAUGCUAGACAUGAGUUUACUGAAGGGGAUGAUUUUGUUUUACGAAUGACAAUACAGGAGCAUGCGCAAUCCCAGGCAGUGUUCACAAGCCUUGGUCAGUGUAUUGAAGCCAAACCUUCUGAGCUUGAGGGAAGAUAUAUAUUUCUUACGGAGCAAGACAAGAAGAAACAAGUGAAGAACUCUGAAACUGUUGCAGCAACUGCAGAAAAUAUAGCUUCUAGUGAUGACAUAUUUCUUGGAAAGGAUCUAGAUGCUGCUUUGGAUUCCUUUGACAACUUGUUUUGCAGACGUUGUUUGGGUCUCGUUUUACCUAGUGAAAAAUAGUCACCAUGGAGCAACCCUGAAGAAGACAACAAAACACCAUGUGGGAUCCACUGUUAUUUAGUGGCACUGAAAGCUACAGAAAACAUCACUGUUGCAGAUUCUUCUACUCCUGAUGCUUGUGAGGUGACGCCUCUUCGUGGAACUAGAAAAGAUAUCUUCAUGGAAUGUUUUCCAAAGGAAGGUUCAGGUGCAAAUAGUAGCUGCACAGGUGUUAAAAGGCCAACAACUAUCAUGACUGAAGGUGCUUGUUCUGGUGAAGAAGUUACAACUGAGAGCAAUCAAGGAGACUCUAAUGCUGGAAAGGAAGCAUCAACUUUGCAACAUGCAGAGUUUUCUAGGAGAGGUAAAAGACGAAUAAACGUGGAGGUAUUUCAAGGAAAGAUUAUAAGAGAACUGCUAAAGAAGUAUUAGUUUCCAUGAGGAAAAGACAAAAAACAAUUGCAGUUUCAGAUAUGGAUACUAUUGUUAGUGGAAGUACCCCACCUUCUGAUGUUAAUUUCAGCUCAAACACAAGGUGUUCUGAUAGCAAUAAAUCCAAACUCUCUCAAAAGAAACUUUUCAGGACUAUUUCAGUCACAAAACAAUCCAGAAAACAAGAUUUAGGCAAUAUAGAUGAUGAUCAAGCACAUG